UGCUUUGGGCACGCAAUCCUUCAGUGGUUCACCUCUGGGAUCGGUCUGAGAAAACGAAGAAGGAUGCUACCCUUCGACGAAAAGAAAUUCCAGACGUUUUCACAGCCAAGACUCAUGGUGAAAACAAGAAAGAUGGCCUGGUGCCUGCAGUGUGGAGCGUGCCCACUUCUGUUAAGCUGCCUUGGUCUCGUUCUGGCCAUCACAGCAACUGCAGCAAACACAGCGCAAGAGGGAACUCCUGUGGAUGUAUCAAAGAUGCUCGGGGAGGUUCACGGAAGAAUGUUUGACUAUGUGUACAAUUCUGAAAGCUUAAUACUCAAUGACUCUCCCGCAACCUGCUUGACACUUCAGUUCUUAUAUUCUCAAGAGGAAACAAGCAGUUUUGGUGAACUCUGGGCGCACUAUAAGACAACUGACGGAAACAGGCACGUUAAAAGAAUAGAACUCGAGCAUAAAAAAUCAAAUGAAAACAAACUUCGAAACACUCUGAUUUUGAUCUUUUCAAAGUCAUGCAAGAAGGGUAGAUACCCAAAGAGAGUUGAGUUCGAAGUUCAGGAACGCCAUUUAUGCUACGUCUUGAAGGCAACAAUUAUAAGUGGGUGUGUUAUUAUAGGCCUAAUCACAAGCAGUAGUUACAAUCAUCCACAGGACUGUCUUUCGACAACAGAACUGAUCGAGUGUAAAUACGAAGUUUUCAAGGUUUCCGAAACCCAUCGGUGCCUUGAAUACGAAGAGGUCACUGAUCCUAUAAGUGAGGUAAAACAAGAUACCCAGGAAGACCCCGCAGAUACCACGCCACUCAAUGAAAGACAUAAGCUGCUCCAAAGCUACCAAAAUUUCACGCAGGGUCUUUUAUUUGGAACACUCUUAUUGGUGUACUCCUCAUUGGCAGAAGACCCUUCCCGAUUGUGCAUGAUCACGUACCGUCCGAAUGAAGAACCGGGACCUGACGGGAGACUUCAUAUUCUCACAACGUUCAACAAGGAUGAAAAAUUUACAGUUCAAACGUACAGUCCUUACACCGUCGCUGGUUACGAUACGAAAUAUGCAACAGUAGCCAGGAUUUUUCGGAACGGGGCGUUCCUUGAAACAAGGGUGAUCUUCACGGACGGUAGACGCUGCACUAUACUAAGAACUAAAGGAUAUUCUAACCUGUGUGAAUUAUUUACAGGUGGUCGCUUUAAUAAUGGAAUCGUCAAUAGCUAUUGCUUUUUCAUCUACAUGGUGUAUUGUAAGGAACCAGCAAAAGUUUUUAGGAAGUUGAGCGAUUGUUGGCCGCCUGCGAAGACACCAAUCCCGCAGCAGUAA